AGUCUGAAGAAGCGGGCAGGAGAAUAUCAUUGAGGUGUACGAGAGGUUGCAAGAGCCUUUCAGGGUGAAGGUUUUGGAAAUACAAGCACAGCUUCCAGGGACUGCAGGCUACGGUUGCUUUCAUAAGCGCUGCAAAUUCAUUUGAGCAUAUUCAGAUGUUUUGUAUCGACAGGAUAAGACUAUAUUGAGGAGGAUUCUUAUGGUCUUGAUCAGUCUGUAAGGAGGAUCAGCUGUUGUCGUUAAGCUGCUCGCUAAAUUCUACAAUUGCCUCUGGCCGGGUCUCGUAGAAGUCAGGCACCAUGAGGAUUAUGAUCAAGGGCGGUGUUUGGAAAAACACCGAGGAUGAGAUCCUCAAGGCAGCGGUGAUGAAGUACGGCAAGAACCAGUGGGCUCGUAUAUCGUCCCUCCUUGUUCGGAAGUCGGCCAAGCAAUGCAAAGCACGCUGGUACGAGUGGCUGGAUCCAAGCAUUAAAAAGACGGAAUGGACGCGGGAGGAGGACGAAAAGCUGCUGCACAUGGCCAAGCUGAUGCCGACGCAGUGGAGGACGAUUGCGCCCAUCGUCGGGCGGACGCCGGCGCAGUGCCUGGAGCGCUACGAGAAACUGCUAGACGCGGCGGCAGCAAAAGACGAAGCGUAUGAUCCUGCUGACGACCCAAGGAAACUGCGGCCAGGAGAGAUUGAUCCUAACCCGGAAUCAAAGCCUGCACGGCCAGACCCCGUGGACAUGGACGAAGAUGAGAAGGAGAUGCUGUCGGAAGCUCGUGCGCGUCUGGCCAACACGCGGGGUAAGAAGGCAAAGAGGAAGGCGCGUGAGAAGCAGCUCGAGGAGGCGCGUCGACUGGCAUCUCUGCAGAAAAAGCGAGAGCUGAAGGCUGCCGGAAUAGAGCUGCAAUACCGCAAGAAGAAGUCGAAGGGCGUCGACUACAACGCAGAGAUUCCGUUCGAGCGCAAGGCCCCCGCAGGCUUCUACGACGUGUCCGGCGAGGAGGGUCCCGCUGUGGACCCCAACUUUGUGAACGUAAAUCUGGACGAGCUGGAGGGGAAAAGGCGCGUGGAUAUGGAGGCGCUUCUUCGUAAGCAGGACGAGGAGCGCCAGCGGCGGCGAGAGGCGCAGGACAUGCCGGGGGUCGUCAUGGAGAUCAACAAGAUGAACGAUCCGGAGCAGGUUCGGAAGCGUUCCAAGCUGAUGCUGCCCGCUCCUCAGAUCAGCGACAGGGAACUGGAAGAGAUUGCAAAGUUGGACUACGCGAACGACCUGCUUUUGGAGGCUGAGGGGGGCGACGGCGCCACGAGGGCACUGCUCGCAAGCUACGGACGCACGCCAGGGGCGACUCCGCUGAGGACGCCUGCACGAACUCCAGGGGGAACAGGUGACGCUAUCAUGAUGGAAGCGGAGAACCUGGCACGCCUGCGGGAGAUGAACACGCCGCUGUUCGGUGGGGAGAAUCCGACCCUGCACGCCUCUGACUUCUCGGGGAUCACACCAAAGCGCUCCGUGGUGCAGACGCCGAACCCCAUUGCAACGCCCCUGAGGACGCCGGGGGGGCUGAUCGGCAUGACGCCCGGAGCCACGCCGGCGGGCAGAGGUGUGGGGAUGACGCCAGGGCGGACGCCAAUUCGGGACGAGCUGCGCAUCAAUGACGGCAGCGAGACGCCAAUGUCUGCUAGCGCGAGGGCCGAAAAGCUGCGUCAGGCGGAGCAGCGUCAGCACCUCCGGGCCGGCCUGACCAACCUCCCCGCGCCCAAGAUGGACUACCAGAUCAUGGUUCCCGAGCUGCCGGGGGACGAUGAGGAGGUCGAGCACAUGGAGGAGGACGCGGCUGACGUCAUCAUGCGUCAGCAAGAAGCGCAGGCAGCCGCAGAGGCAGCCGCCCUGCGCAAGCGCUCCUCCGCGAUCAAGCGCGCCCUCCCGCGCCCCGCUGAUGUCAGCACGUUCACCAAGACGCUCCAGGAGGAGCUCGGCGAUGAUGUCGUCCCCGCCACGAAACUAGAGCUGGCGGACCGGUUGGUGAAGGCGGAAAUGCUGGCGCUUUUGGAACACGACGCAGUGAAGUACCCGGUAGAGGACGGGCGCAAGAAGAAGGGGCCGCACGCAAACGGGGGCGCGCCGAUGGAGGCGCCGGCGUUGGAGGACGUCGAUGAAGAGGACCUAAAAGAGGCCGAGUUCCUGAUUGCCGAAGAGGCGGACAUUCUGCGCUCGCUGUGGGGCCACGACGCCAAGGAGGAGGACGAGUACGUGGAGACGUGGGAAGCGGUGUACUCGGACUACGUCUGGCUGCCAACGCAGUGCCGGUACGAGCUGGCCAGCGUCUCCAACAACGCCGACAAGCUGGCGGCGGCGCAGGCAGAGUUCGAGAGGUUGAAGAAACAGAUCGAAGUCGAGUUGAAACGGGCGCAGAAGCUGGAGACAAAGAUUGGGAUGGUGCACGGGGGCUACCAGAUGAAGGCCAAGGAAAAGUGGAGCGCCGUGGAAGCAACCUAUAAGCAGGCCGACAUCCUGGGGACCGAGCUCGAGUGCUUCAAGGCCCUGUUCCGGCAGGAGCAGCUUUCUAUUCCUAGGAGAAUAGAGUCGCUGAAGGAGGACGUGCGAGGUCAGUCUGAGCGCGAACGGUCGCUGCAGCUGUGGUACGAGAACCUGCUGGUGGAGCAGGAGGAUCUUCAGCGCAAGAUUGACGAGCACGAAAAGGGCCUCACAGCCGCCAAGCGCGCCGCGGAGGAGCGCGCGGCAGAGGAGGCGAAGCGGCAUGAGGAGGAGAUCAGGGAGAAGCACCGGAAAGAGGCGGAAGAAGCGGAGAGCGUGAGAGCGGAGAAAGGCGAAGUGAGUGGCAGGCAGAGUACUCCGGCGGAUGGGGCUGAAAACGGGGAGAACAACAACGAGGAUGAGGAGAUGGUGGGGCCGCAGGUUGCAAUGCCUGCGGCGAAUGCAAACGGGCCUGCAGAGGACGGCAAAAAUGGAGAAGCGAUUGGUGCCGGUUGAAAAUGGACAAUGGGGUGGUUAUCCUGGUAACAAGUUAGUUGCAAUCAACUCGCGAAGGGGGACACUGAAAGGUUCUAAAUGAGGGGGUUCAGGUAGUUGUGUUGAUAAUGAGCGGCCUGAAGUUUUGGCAUAUGUGAUCAUUUUCACUCGUAUAUGAGGGUUCCGGUCUAGCUCCAUCAGCUCACCAAUUUCGUCCUUGCUGGCCGUUGCUUGUGGUAGCUUUGGGCAACACUUCAUGAGCACUUGAGAAACUGGAUUACAAACCGCGUGUCAAGGUAUCAACUCAAGUUCAUUCUGUCGACCUGCACCUGUAUGGUAUCGACCAUAAAUUGAUGGAUAAACGCGAC